GCUGACAACUGCCUCCUGGAGUGGGCGAAUCUCCAUAGUGUUAUUCCUGAAUUUAUUAAUAAUGUGCUGCACUAGAGCGAUGGUUUUUACGGCUUUGAAGCAGAAAGCAAUACCUCCAGCUGCUGUCCACCACACCUCUGCAGUCAACAGGCGCUGUGAUUGCCGAAACUCUUGCUACGUCGAUAAACAUUGCACCGGAUUCUCAAUGCAGCUGAACGCGAGUACGAACCGGUUUGUGUGCUCCAUCUCCUACACUUACCUCUUCGACACGGACCUAGCCAUCGUAUGGAUGGGAACGGUUUGGACCUUCCUCAAAGCAUUUGUGUGCGCUCCAUCGUACGUGUCUGUGGCGGGCACCGGCUGCGUUAUCGCAGUGGACGCGCCCCAGAACUUCACAGCCGGCGUGGAGACGUGCCGCGUUCUAGGUUCCGUGCUGGUUUCGCCUCCCACCGACGCUGCUUUCUAUCAUUUCGCCAGAUUCAUCAACAACACCAUUUUCUCCAAGCUGAACAAAAAAGAUCGAUUCUACGUUGGAAUUUCCAACACGAACGGGACGUGGCGCUGGGAUGACGGUCACACGUUGACUUCAACUCAGGGUGCGUCUCUGUGGUACCAAGGCGAUCCAAACGAAAUCGGAGUUCAGUGCGCCGCCAUGCUUUUCAACCCAACCUUGAACACCUACGGAGAACUGGUCGACCUGAAUUGCACAUUAGAGGGACGAAUUGUCUGCGCGACACGAGAGACUCAAAACAUUGUUCAUGAUUGGUACUGAACAUAACAGUUUCACGCGUUCCUGGUGAACUUAUACGCUAGGAAUUUGAAGAGAAACUCUAGAUAUCAAGUGAUCGACGUAUGAAGUUUCAAAUGUUGACGCGAACUUAAUUUUUUUUCGCAUGUUGACUUCUCGAUCAGCGCAUCUUUGCUCCCAAGUUUGAAAAUUCGCUGUCCGGUGAUUGAUGGAUAACUUACUUUGUGAAACAUGUGUAGAUUAUAGCGAGGUAAAAAUUAUUGUGGCAGAGAGAGUCUCUAGGAGAAAAGAAAACAGCCUAUACUGUAUUAUAGGAAAUUGAUUACCUUUCAGAUAAUAUAAAUGAUAUUUAGUGUAACUCUGCAAAAUGGCAUCCAGCAAGAUGAAUUUAUGAACGUUAUAGCUGAAGCUUUGGUUCAUUACGUUAAUGCAGUCAUUAGAUUUAUUCAAAAAGUUGUCGGACUAACAUAUACUGUGUUUAGCACAAGUUUGACGGUUUUUGGCACCUAUAUACAUAAACGUAACGAAAAAUAUUAUUCAUUAUCAGUGCAUAAAUAUAAUGUUAUUACAGCACCAUUUUAACUCAUUGUAUCUCUUAUUAUAAUUUAUGUAAAAGUAACUCAUAUUCUCAUUGAUGUUUUUCAUAGAACUAGACUAGAUAUUUGAAAAUUACAUGCACAAUUCAUGUUUAAUGAUUUAAUUACAUGCAAGUGGAUUCAAUCAACAUAGCUGCGUUGCAAACAUAUCAUUCCUGCAAGAUUUACAAGCCGUUGCGAAGGUGAGAAAGGCAUGAAGUUUGAGAAGAGUUAUUGGUAAGCGCAUUCAAAUUCUGACGCUCAGUGUGACUGCUAGCAAAAAAAGCAGUCGGAAUCCUCCAGAAAGUGAGGCUGCGAAGGCUGUACGGCGAGGUAUAUUAAUGCGCGGCAUCAUUAAGGGUAACUUAUCUUGUCACUUGAAAUUAAGCACAAAGUGUGGUUGUUAGCACUCCUUCCACUCAAGCCUUUCUUUACGAGCUGCGUGAGAGGCCGCCAUGAGAAAAUUUCAUUUAUACCCCCGACAUGAACUGGGCUGUGGUGCUGGUUAUGACGAAUGGAAAGACUUGCAAGAAGAGGUUGUUUUACAUUUUAGAUUUUUCAAAUGUUUGCAAACGUAUCAUGCAACAUGGAUAAUUUAUUAGAGCUUUUACUGACAUUAAAUUGAUUUUAGUGAAGAAAUGUCUUGAAUGAAGUACAUUUGGAAAAAAUAGUUAAACAAUGUCGUCAACAACGUCAGCAUUAUGUUUAUAAAAUAUGUUUAGAAAUAAUUUUAAUAAAUGAGGUAGGAGCUUGGAUGCAUCAUUCACUUCAAUCCUACCUCAUUCCUACCUUACUCCUCACUUCAAUCUGCACCAAUAAAUGUUGUUAAAUAAAUCAAUCGAAAUAAAUUGAAUAGAGAUUUGCUAAGCACAAAAUAACUCCCACAUGUGCUGCUGCUUUCAGCUCGCUGGAGCGGCAUUUCAGUGAGAAAAAA